UAAUAUUUCUGCCGAACGGACGUGCACACCGCAGACGCUGAAACGACGGACGUGUGUUUUGGGACUGUGUGUACAAACGAAGAAACGGGUAUUCUAUGAUGGUGCGCUUCAUGUAAUUUAUUCUCCUCGAGCCGAGACGACGUACGGUACGCGAACGGACAGUUUCUAUCGAGACCCAAUCGGGGUACUUGUUCGACGAUGGUAGUUGAAGAGUGAAGAUCCCGGAAAGGAGCCACCGAUCCUCCUCUGCAUCAGAAGACAACCUCUGGACACGAUUAAUCGUUUUUGGUAUUUUUCUAUGCGUUCAUUUCGGACCCCUUCGCCAUCGUCGUGGUCGUCAUCGUGAUCAUCGUCGUCGUUUGUGGCGCAAAACAUAAACAUCAUACUUAGUGCUGCUUAUGAGAUUCAUCGCCAUUUGUUUGGAUUUUCUUUUUUGGUAAACGAAAGAAACAAUUCCAAAGCGAAUCACGUACCAAAAGCCCAAAUCGGUAUCAUCCAUCACCCGGACUGUUAUAUCGAAACCAGGACGAACAGAAACUUGUCAAUUAACUUUGCUUCGUUGGCAACAGUGACGGUGUACAAGUGACUACUAGUGACGAACCAUCUUCGCACCCCCGUGCGGAAUCUACGGGACGACCGUCGGACAACUUUGUAUGUGACAUCAAACCAGUUGGUUUCCAGUGCGUUUUCGGUGGAUUCUUGAAAUAUUACACGCUUCGAGGACCACGCCGGCAGGUUUGUGUACGCUCCGCUGCACAUGUCUUUAAUCAGCGGGUGCGAGCAACCGAUCGGUUUCGUUUUGACCAAGACGCCGCAAGAGAAUCCACUGUUGCGGCCCUCGGGCUGCUCUUUGCGAAACUUGCGCCCCUAAACGCCUCCUGCGUGCCGAAACACCGUGUUGGGCGCCAAUUGUCGAAAUGUGACCAAUGUUCUAGAAGGCUUUCGGAUAACGAAAAAGUAACUGAAUAGUUGUGAAUCAAUUGAAUGUAUGAAAAAUGGAUUUUCAUCGGAGGAUUUUUGAUUGAUCGCGUGAGUUAAGGUGAAUGUGAAAUAUAAAUAUUUGUAUACUAUAAAGGCGCUCAAAAUGAAAGAAGUGUUUUGCACAACAGUGGCGGCAAAGCUGUUGUAAAUAUUAAAUAUCCAAUCAAUGCGCACGUGAUUUUUAGAAAACAAAAGCCACGCGAAGCUAAGCCGAGUGAUAAAAAUUUAUGGCUAAUUGAUCGUUUUCUUCGAAUGCAGUAGCAAGUUGGGUUGGGCGCCAUUCAUUCAUUGGCGGUGCUUCCCUUGAUUGGCGUGUUGUUUUGAUGAUGAGCAGAAAAAAGGGAAAAUUUUUCGGUAGAUCUCUUUAACUUUUUCGCCCGCCAGCGGGAAGAAGAGGUCCAAUUAGACUCGCGAACACCAGUGGCCGCCACACGCCCAACCGAAACUGUCGGAAAACCGCGAAGAGUUUUAGCGGGUUUAUCAUCGCGAGGAAGAAAAAAUGAAGAGUGCAGUGCAAUCAGUAGAAAAACCGUAACCGUGCAGAGCCAACGGAAAGUGAAACAACCACAAGGAGCAACAGGAAAAUUCGAAUUCAAAAAAGUUGAGUGAAGUUUCAUGUUACAUUUUGUAUGAAUCGGCCCUGUCAGUUGUGUCUGAUUUGUGGAAGUGGCCGCGGUUUGUGUUUUUGUUUCGUUUCGUUUGAUUCAUCAUCAUUAUCGUGCCAUUAUCAGCGGCGCUGAGCUUUAUCAGUGCCAGUCGGUGGUGAAAAUUACAGUUGAAGGAAAACUUUCGCAUUUACAUGCACACACGCCGACACGGGAGGUGGUUGGAAAAUUGCGCGUGCGACACUGAAGCUUAGAGAGGAGUUCGAGAGAAAAAUACUGCAACGACGACGAGGACGUGAACUUCUGCGUGAACUCAUUGCUAACGAUUGGAGCUUUACCCCUGAACGCUUGAUUCCCCGACCUAAACUUACCUGAACCUAAACCAAAACAACAGUCAUAAACUCAACUCAAGACAGAGCAAACCCAACCAAACCAGCAACGCGAAAAAUUAUAGAUCUGUAUCUAAGCCAGCAACUUUCUGCAAUAACUACCUGCCCAAUAACUAAUUUGACGCUGCUAGCCUGCUUGCUGCCGCCCCGAGAGCCGCACUUGCAGUUGCAUUAUACUGCUUGUGGAAACAACAAGGCAGUGUGUACUGACGACGCCACCAACUGCAAUCGAGUUCAAGGCUUCCCUUCGACCAAUCAAUCGACACUUUGUAGUUGGCGCCCAACGUGUUUGCAGCGAAGCAAAUCGCCGACCGACUAGAGCCUAGGAGGGCCUAAAGAGUUCGAAACAGAUGGGCUCUGUGCCGCGCGCGCCGGUUCGUGUCUGCUGCAGUCAGUCAGUGAUUGAUAUGCAUCGCGUAAUUUAAUCCAGAGCUGUUUUCCAAAAAGAGCCCCGCGGCCGUGUAGUGUGUGCGUGCGAAUGUUUGUAUGUGCAAAACUUGGGCAAUAUCGCUCUGCCUACGAUAGUUGGCGCUUGGGUACGGUUUACGUAAAACAAAAAAGCGCCAGUGAGCAGUGAGAAGAAAUUAAAGUUGAAAACUGCCAAUUUCCGUUAGGUAAUUUUCCGUUCCAAAACCAUAGACGAAGUGGUGAAUGUGCGAGAGCCGGAAUGAUGUUGUACCAACUACCACCGAGAGCUCUUAGCAAGAUUUGCACUGCAACUUUUCGGUUUUAAGUUAUGUGAUUCAAUUAGUGCAGUCCUUUUGGAGUUCCAAUGAUGAAGCACCGAGGUCCAUGUGAUUUCCAUUUCAAUUGAGCGUCGUACACACAUCUACGUGAAAGUUGAUUCCUGGUCCAUUUUACGGCGAUUUUCCAAACGUAAAAUGGCUUCAAACGAUAAAUCUAUGUCAGCAAAAGAGUCAUCUUCCGGAGACCGGAAACAAUCAGAAUCGGCCUCUGGAGAUGAUGUUGGCAAGGAUGAGGUGGACUAUGCGAUUAAACUACCCAACGCGCUGGAGAGUGAUGCAUGUUUGACCUGCAGUAAAAACCAGAAAUCCAAUGGGACUUUGAAUAACAAUUGCUCUCAUGGGAAAACCCUGGACAAGUUCAACAUAUUUCAUCUGAAACGUCGACCGAAAAGUGACCCCGGAACGGGAACCAUCGCCAAACAUGCCCAACAACGGGCCGAAGAAACCGCCGACGCGAACACGAAGAAGAAGAAAUCACGAUUUGUGAAAAGUGCGUCAAUUGCGCGAAUUUUCGGUAACAACUACAAUACAAAGAAAUACGAACAGGAUAGUGGAGCGUUGCUCAAAUUGCAACAGUUGAAGCGAAGCUUCCUGAACAGUGAACGGUUCCAUAAAAAGGAUCCCGCAACGGCGGGUUGUGAUAGUCAACAGCAAGAGCAACAGCAGGAUCACGAGCCACACAUCGGAGAUGCGUGCUACGUGAACGACAGUGAAACCAAGGCCAAAGCGAUUCGAUCCAUUACCCGGGGGCUGGGUCGACUGUGGAGGCGGAACAGCCACACCAUCGAAAUAAGCCGACCGGAUCCGGAGUAUAAGGUGUCCUAUCUGGGCAAUGUGCUCACCGGGUGGGCCAAAGGUGAAGGCUGCGUGGAAAAGCCAUUGGCCACCCUCUGGAGGAACUACACUCAAAACAGCAAACCGGACGUCCUGAUGAAGCUCUGUCUGUGUCCCUCCGGACUGAAGGCCACCACGCGGCAGCAUGGCCUCACAGAGUACUGGUCACACCGGAUAACAUACUGCACGGCUCCGAAGAACUAUCCACGGGUUUUUUGUUGGAUCUACAGGCACGAGGGUCGCAAACUGAAGCACGAGUUCCGUUGCCAUGCGGUCAUCUGCACCAAAGAAUCCGUCGCGAAGGAUAUCAGUACUACGUUGAAGGAAAAUCUCGCCAAAGCCCUGCAGGAGUUCAAACGGGACAAACUGAAUCGGCAGAACGCUCGACUUAGUUUGGCCAACAGUGUGUACGACAACCCGAGUAUGCCACGGCGGAAGAUCAUGCUGAGCGUCGGUGCCAACAACUAUCGGCCGCCCUUGGAGCGAUCCAAGUCUGCCCCGAAAUUGAUGGCAAUCGAAGAAAUGAUUGCCGAAGAGGACGAAGAGGAAGAUGAAGCGGGGGCUAUAGGUAGGCCCGUUUGCAAAAGUCAGGGAGAAGAAUUACGGACGUGCUGCAAGGAGGAUUCGUUGUUCCCGUCUACCACUUUGGGGAGGCGAAGAUGCCGACGGGGUCAUUCAAUUCGAAGGACCAGGCUGAGAAACUCCUUCAAAUCGCCCAAAGCCGUUGAAGCCAAAGUACCUUUGAAGAAUGAGAAUGUCGUGCAGGACAGUCCCAUGAAUAAGUCGGUUGAUUCAAUCUUAGAUACGAUCAAGCAGGAGGAGGAAGAGGAUCAGUUAGCGGAAACUGAAGAAUGCACAGAUGACAGUCAAACCAUGGUCAAACCAAUCCACCAUUCCGAUUCUUCCGAAGAUGAUUUCGAGACAUUCCUUCUUAAUUACAACUACAAUCCCAAAGAACCUCUGUCAUCGGAACUAAUUUCCUAUUUGGACAUGAAGCUAUGUCGCAAAGUGACGGCCAGCAUGCAUGAUCUGAGUCUCAAUCAGCGAGAAGCAGAAGAUGAGCCUCGAAGACGGUUAGAAGAUGCACGGCUAGCGCUGAGCUUGGACGAUUUGGAUAACUAUGAUGAAGGCCAUGACCAUGAAGAUACCGAAGAUGACGUAUUUUUCAACCAGAACGAUGUGCUCGAAAUACUUCGCAGUGCUACCAAAUCGACCAGCAGUAACACUUCUGGUGAGAAAACUGACCUCAUGACCAGCGGUGAAGAUGACACCGCUCCACCGUCAUUGCUGUGUGUGACGAACAAAAUCACUGGCAACUCGGACAGUGACGAGGGAUCUAUCUCCAGUGGCUGUGAAACCUCAAGUACAGUUACCACCAAUACGGACGAAUCCGCUGCGGCCAUCCUCAUCAAACCAUGCUCCGUUCUGGAACGAGUUCGAAGCUUCGAACAACUCGCUGAGCACCCAGUCAUCCAGGAGCCGAUCGGUGAAAAGACUCCUCUAGGCAAACAUAACCUCGACCCGACCAUCUUCAAACGAAGCAUCACCUUCCCGGCUCCUGGGAUCAAAACAAGCUUUCUCCUCCCGGUCACCUCACACAUCGUUCAUGUAGAGGAAACUCUCCCAGGGACACCGCAGGAUUCGCUUACUGCUUCACCUACGCCCUCUUCAACGAAACCUUCAACGUCCGCCAAUGGAAUUGUUUCCACCAGUCGUCGACUCAAAUCCACGGUGGCGGCUGUCAAUACUGAACUGAUCAACCACCUCCAGGCAAUUGACUCCGACUCGGACCUCAGUGAUGAAUCCGGUUACGUUGAAUUCCAGGACCAUCAUCAGCCUUCCAUAAAGUCUGUGACGGCCUGAGAUAGCGCUUCGGGGGAUUGAGCGACGAUUUGAAUCUCAACUCCUCAAAACUAAUCACGGGGCGCAGGCAAAUGGACUCGGGUGCAAAAAUCUAGUGAUUUAGCUUUAUAUCUGUUAUAACUUACUGGAUCUAGUUUUGUAAGUCAGAGAGAAGCAUCACAAAACGUUGAUUUGCGUUGUUUUCGGUCGCUCUCGAAUAUGUGAAUCUUGUGCAGCAAUUUGCGUUGACACGUUCCAGCGAGAGCGUGAACCACAUACCAAAUAAUUUAUUACAAUUAACAUACAUGUUUCGAUAGAUAUAUAACGGAAUAAAAUGACCAGUUGGUUUAUUGUUAGAAAAAUAGAACAAAAAGGGGUAUAUGAUAUGAUUUACUUUGGUGGGAACCAAGUGAUUAGGUGUCACAUCACAAAUCUGGGGAGGGACUACAUUUAACUGUGGAACUAGACAGGUACCUUUUAGACUAAAUCUAAACUAAAACUGUUGCAAACAAACAAUCAUAACCUCUUCCACACCGCGAACAAUCACAAACCUACAAAACAAAUUACACCCAUUCACGUACAAGUUGUCUUAUUCGAUAGAAACUAACCCAAGCAUAAGUACCAAAACUGAUUCUAAAAUAGAGUUAUUAGGAACCAUACACGUGACGACAAUGAUGCCGUCAACGCUUAUCUGGUGGAACAUAUCGGGAAAACCGCAGACAUAAUCUCAAAAUCAAUUGCUAGAAAGAGCAAAACAAAUGGACUUAAAUCUGUUAACUGUGAAAUUAUACUAACAAACGAGAUGAUUAUUACUAGUGGAUAUGUACCGAGCAUACAAGAUGAUAAAUAUGGAUGACUAUAUUUAUUGCGAUAGAGCAGAUGAUAUUAUUAUGAAUGUUUCUAAAUUCAAAGCAAAAACUGCGAAAUAAACUAUUGGAUGAAAAAGAAAACCAA